UGACGUCAGCUGACUGCCUCGGCUCUCCGCUCCUCCGGACACAGCGCCGUGAAAAAAUGCUGCUCUCUGUGCCGCCAAGGACAGGAUUCAACCCGUACAACGGCUACACCGGCAAAAACAUCAAGAAGCAGACGUAUGUGUCCCCCUCCAACCAUCAGAUGGCUCCUCCAAGCCCCAACAACAACAGCAAUAGCAACAACAGCACCACCUCCAUCAGCAACAGCAGCAGCAGCAGUGGGGGAGAGCAGCUGAGCAAGACCAACCUGUACAUCCGUGGCCUCCACCCGGGAACCACAGACCAGGAUCUGGUCAAACUCUGUCAGCCGUAUGGGAAAAUUGUGUCCACCAAGGCCAUCCUGGACAAGACCACCAACAAGUGCAAAGGCUAUGGCUUUGUUGACUUUGACAGCCCGGCCUCAGCUCAGAAGGCAGUGACAGCGCUGAAGGCGGGUGGAGUGCAGGCUCAGAUGGCCAAGCAACAGGAGCAGGACCCCACCAAUUUAUACAUCUCCAACCUGCCGAUGUCCAUGGACGAGCAGGAGCUGGAGAACAUGCUGAAGCCCUUCAGCCAGGCCAUUUCCACUCGCAUCCUCCGUGACGCCAACGGAACCAGCCGAGGAGUGGGCUUUGCCAGGAUGGAGUCAACAGAGAAAUGUGAAGCCAUCAUCCAACAUUUCAAUGGAAAAUAUAUCAAGACUCCACCUGGAGUACCAGUGCCACCAGAGCCACUGUUGUGUAAAUUUGCUGACGGAGGCCAGAAGAAGCGUCAGAGCCAAGGAAAAUAUCUGCAGAAUGGCCGGCCCUGGACGAGAGAUGGGGAGACUGGAGGAAUGACCCUCACCUACGACCCCACCACAGCCUUACAGAAUGGGUUCUACUCCUCCCCCUACAGCAUCGCCCCAAACCGGAUGAUGGGGCCGACCUCCCUCUCCCCGUACAUGCAUUCACCUGUGUCCACCUACCAGGUCCACAACCCAUCCUGGCUACAUCACCAGUCAUACAUCAUGCCACCCACAGGAGCAGUCCUGACGCCAGGAAUGGACCACACCAUGUCCAUCCAGCCGACCUCCAUGAUGGGGCCCCUGACGCAGCAGCUCAGCCACCUCUCCAUGGGCAGCAGCGGCACAUAUAUGCCUGCAAACACUUCUAUGCAGGGGACCUACAUUCCCCAGUACACCCAAGUGCCUGCCACCAACAUGUCAGUUGAGGAAAGUGCCGUCCAACAACCUGUUGCCAUAGAGACACCCACAGAACACACAACCUACACCUACCAGCAUAACAAGUGAAGAGUUAGCAGAGAUCUUCCUCUGGAGCCAGAGUGACUCUCAAGGGGCCCCAAGUGCUGACAAUUGGCACAGCGACUCCUCACGUAAGGCACCAGACACUCGGGAGGAACACGGACUGUUACACAGAAAGGACACAAUAAAAAAAAAAAGAUAUUUUCUACAAACUCAUAUUUUAAAACAAACUCUUUUACUCCAAACAUGCAAGGCUGGAGGCUAACAGGCAAUGGGAAAUGGAAGAACAGAACAAGGAGCUUCUAUUUUGAUAACAGUCACACACACACACACAUACACACACACACACACACACACACACACACUACACAUGUUUAAAAGAUUUUUUUGAACGUUGUUCAUCUUCUUUUCUAAAACUACUCUGGGGAGCUAGAAUGAAACCAGGAAAAGAACAUUUCAGCACCACAUUUUAUUUUGAGUCAUAUUUUGUUUUGACCUUUUUUUCUUGUAAGAUAUGCUGAUUUGACUUCACUUUUUUUGUCUGAUACUUUCAGGCUUUGAACCUGCCUUUUUGUACAUAAUUCUUUGUUUUGGUGUGUUUCUAGCUUCAUGUGUCCUACUUUGAUUGAUCGGUGCAAAUAUUUGAAAGCUUAAAAAGAAAGAGAAGUCAUUCAAAAAGCUGAUGACUCAUGGUUCAGACAGAUAUGGUGCUGACUUGGAUUAGCGUCUCUCGAAGUGGCAGCAAGUUUAUCAGGUAUGAAACUUUACCUGAGGUGGUAUCGCUUCUUUUUGGCACUUGACUCUCGAGUAAUUUAUAGUUCCAACAAUCUCGACAAAGCUUCAGACAAUCAGACGAUCACAAAGAAGAGAAAAUUUAGGGAUGAUUUCAAAGAGAAGACGUCUUUAAAAAACAAGCUAAAUAGAUUAAAAGCAUUCCAGAGAUUAUUAUCAGAAGGUUUUAAAUAUUGGUUUGUGUCGAGCUGCUCAACUUGAUGAAAUCCAAAGUUUCUUAACAGGGAUCACAUCUCACACAGAGCUGCCUGUAAAUAAGAGAUUUAAAUUUAUUUAGGCUUUCUUUUGAUUUCCUUUGAUCAGUGUAGUAAUGCUUCAUUUAUUUUAAUAACAAUAUUAUACCAAAUUGUCUGAACACAGCAACGUAUGAAUCGCUGUUUUCAGUUUUGUCCCUUUUAAUUAAAAGGGAAGCUGAAUCUGCAUUACAUCCCAAAAAAAUGUAUUUUCUGAAGCAAGAUGUUGUUAUUAGAGUAUGAAGUUCUUAUUACACAGACAUGGAGGUCAACUGGUAAAGCGUGGCUCUGUCCUGUUAUAUCCUCAGAAAACACUAUCAAGGUUUAUUAUGGAUGAUCACGGCCAGUACUGAGAUGCUUAAUACUGGCCAUCGUUGUGUGUUUGCAUCUACUUCUGCAUUUCUGUUUUUCACCCUCAUGUUUUUUUUUUUUUUUUACAUUUCUUAUUUAAAAGUUGUUUUUUUUAAUUCAGUUUUAAUACUUUUAAGAUUGAUCCUAUUUUUCAAAGAAGUUUUGUUUUUUAUUUUUGAUAGUAUGUUGUGUGCUUCAGAUAGCGAGAAAUAGAUGUUUUUAACUUCUUUUUUUUAAAUAGUGAUUUUUUUGUACGUUUGCAUACUUCACUCGGUCUGGUUUCAGUGUUGAUGUCAAAAAAACUUUAAAGGGGAACACCACCUACUGUAAGAUUUCAAACAUGUUUUUUCCAUGGCCUAGGAAAGUUCAAUCAAUAUUUGUGAACAUGAGCUGCUCUCUCUCAGAGCCAGAAACCAGAGAAGUAAGUCUCAAACUUGUGAUGUCAUCAAGUAAGUCUGCAGCUGCUCCAUAGACAAUGACUGAUUUUUAUACCCAAAUGAGCCUUAUUCUAUUGUAAGAAAUGUUCCCAUAUAGACGAAAACCCCGUGACGUUGCAGUAAAAACAUUCACUUCCAAAAAGGGAACUGGCACUUGAUUAAAAUUGCAGAUAUAUAAAAUUGGCAAACUUGUGUAUUUCUUUUGUCAUUUGGGUACCUGUCAAAAAAGGAUAUCUGACGGCAAGGUAAAGUGGGGAAAAUAUUAUACACUUAAUUUUAGGUAGAUAAAAACUAAGCAGGUGAGGCGGUGUUGUGCUGUUUCAUAUAAUGUACGUGUCACUGAGAUUUUCUACCUGAAAGUUAUUAUAAACAUUGUGAUUAACAUCUUUCCUAAUUCAUUGUCUAUGGAGAUGCUCCAGACUUUAUACUUGAUGACAUCAAAAAUUUGAGUUUUGGAUUUAGGAGAGAGUUCAUAUUUACUAAUAUUUUUGGACUGUUUUAACCCAGGGUGGCACUGUGGUGUGGCACUGUCGCCUCACAGCAAGAGGGUUCCUGGUUCAAUCCCAGGAGGGAGCCCUUCUGUGCAGAGUAGGCGUGUUCUCCCUGUGUCAGCGUGGGUUUU